CUCAUAAGAACGCCGGUGCGGGCUUUGGCCACACGGUGAUUGCAGUGAGAGUGGAGCAAGUGGUUGUGUUUAUUUGCUUUGCGAGUUACUUGGGAGAGCUGCAACCCGGUUCGCAGUGUUUACCGCUGACUCACGAGAGCGAUGGCAGAUGUGGAGAAGGGCAAGAAAGUGUUUGUGCAGAAAUGCUCGCAGUGUCACACCGUUGAGAGUGGCGGCAAGCACAAGACUGGGCCCAAUUUGUGGGGCCUCUUUGGUCGCAAGACGGGCCAGGCUCCAGGCUAUUCGUACACUGAUGCCAACAAGUCGAAGGGAAUCACCUGGGAGGAAGAUACACUCUAUGUCUACUUGGAGAACCCAAAGAAGUACAUCCCUGGCACGAAGAUGAUCUUCUCGGGAAUAAAGAAAAAAGACGAGCGUAACAACCUGAUUGCUUACUUGAAGAAAAGUACAUCGGAGUAAGCGAUGAAGUCUACCGAUGAACAUGAACUAUUCUUAUAAAAGCCUUUAUUUAACAUAUUCACUCUUUCAAGUCUCGCCUAAUGGACUUAUCGUGGAAUUACUGUAAGAGCGAAUAAUGUCUGACACUAUUUAAUAUAUGCACAUAGGGCGUUGUAUUUCUCUGGCUUAAAACUACAAUUUUUUUGUCAGUGGUUUAUGGUAUGCUUUUAACAUUUUCUAUUCCUGCAACAUGUGUUUUAAUUGCUUGAAGCAGAUGUAAACAGAUUUCAUGUACAGUGAAAUCUCUCGAAGCCAGAGUAACAAUGGAGAGAGUUGCCUGGUUUUGGGGUAUGCCUGGCAUAUUGAAACUAAGCAAAUAAUACUUAAAGUUUCAUUUUAUUUAACCGGAACACCCAACACGUCUAAUGGACUUGUUAUAACGUAAUACAACAUAGCUACAUAUUAUACAAUUUCGUAACACUUAUAAAAAAUCACGCCGUGUACUGUACAGUGUUAUCUGCGUCACCAUCACUCUGAGGCAAAGGUGGAAGGCUGAAUAUAUUUUCGAAUGAGUUUCAUGUAAUUAAUUUUAUUUCUAAAGUGUGAAGUAAAUGCUUGAGAGCACUAACAGUAAAUGGACCUGCACAAGCGGGCAAGGUCACUGAAUUCCAUAUGACAGAUAAGAUAAGUACUGUAUUGUAGCUUUAGAAUUGCUAGUGCGCAUGUGCUUACCCAGAACUCUUGCCUUAUUCAAGUCUGGUUUUGUGAUGUUUUACUAUUGUUUUGGCAUAUUGUGGUUUGAAUGUUUGCGUUCGUUUUAUAAGUUUUUUUUUAUGAUUCCCUAUGUAAAACUAAGAGUACUCCUUGUGUUGUUUUGUUAGUAUUUUGGCUGCCAUAUAAACACUACUGUUGCACAGUUUCAUGCGAUGUCUAUGGAAUGAUACUUUCAUUAGAACUAUUAUCAAAGUCCAUAAAAAAUACAAUUCAACCCUUUUUGGGUCAUCCACACAGUAAAAAUUAGUGUGCGACAUUGCGAAUUAGUAAACGCAUUUGUUGUAUAGUAAUUGGGAAUGAAAGGCCCAUUUGUAUUUGUGUGAUAGUGCACAGGAUUCAGCACUUUGAGUUUGUUGGAUGGGUUUUUGUGAAAAGCUGAGAGUUGGCAGCAGUAAGAUGGUGUUAAAUGUUUAAAAUUACAGUACAUCGAGACACUUAAUGUUCGACAUUAACCAUGUUUAACUUAUGAGUCCUUUGUUAUUUUUCAAGAUAAUAAAAAAUAAAGGCUUCGAGAAACUGUUCUUAUUAAUCGGUAUAUGUUUAGAAACGCAUUCUUGAUAGUGAAUUUACUUGAAUGGUUGUUUUUUUUUACCUUGCGAAUCACUGAACUCUGCUGAGUGGCAUUGACGAAUCAAGUCUUAACAGCUGGACAGCAUUAAUAGUUGAUGCAUUUGGCACUGCCCCGAUGUGUGCAGGGCUGACAGUUGAUUUCUACCUCUUGGUUAUUUCUGAGAGGAGUUGCUGAAAUGGGUUUUUUUGCAGCAAAACAUACUGCAAAUUUUGAUAUGAAAUCCACUGCUGGAUAAAGGCCUCCCUGUACAAUGUCAGUUACUGGAUUUGUUUCAACUCACGGCGCUGGUCAGUGUGGUCUUGAGGGGUGAGGUCCAGGGCUAGUGCGCAGAUAUCACUCACCGCCUAAUAUUAGCUCUGGUGAAGAAUCGAACUCAGGUCGCGAGAUGAAUAGUGCAGGCAAUGAACCACCGUGCAUGCCACUGCUCCAGUUCACCACCCAUAUGGAAAUUAAGAUCAAGCCGUUGUGUGUCACUGCUUAUAGCAGAAAUUCCAACGUCAAUAUAUGUACUGUAUAUAUAAAAGUAUAUAUUAGUAUUAUUGGCAAUAUUUCCCCUGUAAAGGAUAUCGCUGACAGUGGGUUUGAACCUGAAAAUCAUAAAUAUGCAUAUACUGAGAAAAUAAUGCGAUGGAAAGUUACUGAAAAUGACAGGAUUCAUGUGUUUUUGUAAGGAUAUAUGGAGGGUGAAGACCUUUUGUACAGUCUCGAAGCUGUAGAGCUGCUGUACAUGCUUCUCAGAUUUGUCUUCCAUCUGGACAGUAUUUGGAAACCUUUCCUGAAGUUGGUAAUUUAUUGCUGUAAUACACCAGCAGGUAUGGCAUUUUUUUAAACUCUCAAUCACUUCAGGAUUCUUUCAGCAUCAAGAAAUCAACACUUUUAAACAUACCCUACUGGCUUACAUAAUGUAAGCUACAUAUUAUUUGUAAUGCCUUUAUGGGAACAAAUAUUU